AUGAAAAGCGAACCUCAUCACAUUGAUGAAAGUUCCAACAAACACAAAGUUCCAGAUGAACAGACAAAAUCUGAUGGUGCUGUGGUAGCUACUGGUAAGAAGGAGAAGGAGAAGAGGAAGGAGAAGAAACUUGAUGACAGUUACAAUGAUGCUAAAGACACUCAAUCUGAAAAGAAGAUAAUAGAUGAUUUAGCACCUGAUUUAAAUGUGAAAUCUAACCAAGGAAAGAAAAGAAAUAAGAUUCCUAGUUAUCCUGAUCGGGCAGAACAAGUCCAUGCAGACACACAGAAUGAACCUGCAGACAAGCCUGCUAAGAAACGCAAAGACAAAAAGAAGAAAACUAACUUGGAUGCCAAAUCUCUUAAUAAUGUGGAGCAUCACAAAUCAUUAGAAUUGACAAAUGAACAAAAAUUGAAAGAUAUAGUAUCCUCUGAGAAGAGAGUGGCAAAUUCCGAGGUGGAAGAUAAAUUUAGAGCUAAGAAGAAGAAGAAAGACAAGCUUUCCAAAGGCUUAUCCGAAGGCGAUCAAGAGGAGCUUAAGAAAGAAAAAGCAAGUCAAACAGAGUCCAAAAAGGAUGAUAAAAGAACUUCAGAGGAGGAUGCAUAUAACAAGGUUUCCAAGAAAAGAAAAAGGUUGGAUUCUGAAAAUAAUGAUGCUCGGCCAGAUAACAACAAAGAAGGUGAAGAACUGAAACGUAGAAAGAAAGAUUUUUCAGAUGAACCUGACAGAACUGGGCAAUCUGUAAAACUAAAGGCAUCUGCUGAGACUGAAAAACAAGGUGUCAAUGAGAUUCAGGAAACACCUAUAGGACAACCUGAUGGGCAGGCAAAUGGGAAUUUGGUGAAGAACGAAGCUGAAUCAGCCCUGGAAAAAUCAGGGAAGGGGAAGCAGAGUGGUCGAAAAGAGCCACCAAAGCCUUUCCAAAGGGUAAACAUUGAGGAUGUGAUUUUUGUUGAUGAGAGGCUUCAAGAUAAUUCAUAUUGGGCAAAGGGUGGUGCAGAGAGUGGCUAUGGUGCUAAGGCACAAGAGGUUCUCGGACAAGUUAGAGGAAGAGGUUUUCGGCACGAGAAGACAAAGAAGAAACGAGGAACAUAUAGAGGAGGGCAGAUUGAUAUGCAAUCCCACUCGAUAAAGUUCGACGUGUCCGAUGAUGAAUAAUUCUGGUAAAUCAUUUUUGCUGGGUGAGGAAUUCAGUUUUGUGUUUGAUUGUAAGAGAACGGCGGAUUGCUUUGCUGAUUCUUUUUGUUGCGGUGACAACUCACCUUUAUAUAUCAAGAACAUAGAGUUUUUAAUCUGAUC